UUACUUUGUGACUAGGUGGCAACCCCACGGAAAACAGCUGUGCGACAGAAACACUUUGAAUUUUCUUGAGCAUCACAAUGUCAGGAACUAAGGUGCUGCGCUCCCUGCUGCACGAGCUGCGCCAGGCGGCUCCAAAUGGCUGCAUCAAGGACUCGCUGGCCGCGCGUUAUGUCCUAGCGCAAUACAAGAAGUUCGCCACCACAGAACAGCAGUUUUGUAAGGCUCGGAACGAGGCGACUUUCCUGGGACAGACCUACUUAACCUACCUGUCCAGCCAGCGCAAGUACUUGGAGAUCUACAAGGAGUAUCACGGGAGGGGAGAGCGAUCCGUGAGGGACACCGCAGACUUGGUCGGCUUCAAGCUGCCCUCGGAUCCCAAGUGAUCUGGUUUAUGUUGUCUAGUGUAGUGCGAUUAAAGCGGCUAAUGUAGCAAAA